ACAAGCGCCGACAGAGCGCGGCGCGCACAUAUCACGUGGUAGCGUCAUGACGUAUGCAAUUCACACGUUUUUAUACCUAUAACCCAUAAUUAUUAUAUAAACACCAAAGAAUGCUUAAUCAAAAAUUAUAUUUGCAAGAUGACAAAUAUUACUUAAAUAUUAAAUACACAACAAUUUCCCGUAUUUUCUGCUUCUAUUUUAGAUUUCUAGCAUCUGUAUUUUUGGGAUGUUUGUUAUAUUUCCUCAAACUGAAGUUCUUUGCACAAAACCCUUAGAUUGUCACUGCUCCAGACUGAUCAAAUGCGGACGGUAUCGUCUAUUUUCUUACAAAAGUUUAAAAAGAAUACCAAAAGCCUUGUAUACAUUGCUGUUGAUCAGACCCUUAUCUUCAAAGAAUGUAGGCAAAGUAGAACCCUUAUUUCUAAAGAUUCUUUAAAGUCGCAAAACAGCCCGAGGCACCUCACAGGCGAGUUAUUAAAUUAAAUUCAACAACAAAUUUGGUCAAACUGUUUUGAGGUUAUAAGCAGCACUUUAAAUGAAGGGAGGGAAAGUGGAGAGAGGAUAUAUAUAUACACGCGCGCACACACACACAUAUAUAUACACAAACACACAUACAUACAUAUUUAUAUCGCAGUCAGAUUCAGGGAAUUAAUUUAUAAGCACAGGGACAAGGGGGCUGAGAGUACUGUACUGUCACCAAAAAUGGCGCAAUUAAAAUUGGAGACGGAAAGGCCAGAGUUAGAGAUGCAGGGAUAUCUAAGGUUACAGAGUGUUAAAGAAAAGGGAAGAUGCCAGGCCAACUGGAACUUAAAAAUUAGAAAGUGAAUUUUGCAAUAAAAAUGAUUAAUUUGAUAUUGGCAGAUUGUAGCACUGGGGAGAAAUGAUUGCAUAACAUUUGAACGUCACAUGCAUGCAUGAAAUUAUGCAUUUCCCCUUGCCCUUUAAUUUUUUGUUUCAAAUCCAUGACUCUUUAUUUGCCAAAUUAAUUAAUUUCUUCCCAGUUGUUCUAUCAAAAUUCAUGUUAAUUCUCUAAACCCUAAUUGUAUUCUGGCAAUUCUUCAGUUUCAUCCCGUUUUGCCACGUCCCCUUGUGGAAAUUAUUAUUAAUAAUUACUUUAUGAUUCCGAGUGGGAAAUUCUUUCGUUACAACAACAUUUAAAGACACACAGCAGUGUGAAGACCUAACUAAUAAUAAAGUGCAGAAUAAUAAUACAUACAGGGUACAAUAACAAUUUACAAUUAUUAAGCAAUUAUAAUGUACGAAAUAAUAAAACAGAUACCAUUGUACUUAUGUGAAGCUUAAGCAGUCGUUCGGAGCAAUAUGCUGUAAACUUGACAUAAUAAAAGUUUAGACGGAAAAUUGCACAAAUUAAAAUAAAAAUGUUUGGGAUGUUGAAACUGCGCAAUAAUUUCACUCCUGUUACAAUCUGCCAUUAUCAAACAUGGCGAACUCGACCUUUCACUCCAAACGGCUCGUGCGCAUGCUCUAGAUUGCCCGUCUGCAAGAUGGCGAACAAAGCCUGUGUUUAUGCUGUGGUGAGGAACAUUCCGCAGCAGCUCCGCGCUGCCGAUCUCCGCCAGUACUUCUCACAGUUCACCGAGAGCGGCGGCUUCAGCUGCUUUCACUACCGGCAUCGGCCCGAGCGGCAGCGGCACCAGGGCUCAGGGCGAGAAGGGCAGGACCAGGCACUGACCUGCUGUUGCGUGGUGAGGCUGUCGGCCGAGCGGGCCCCGCAGUUCCUGCGAAUGUACGACGGCAGCCAGUGGGUCGACAGGGCCGGGGACUCGCUGCGGGGACUCUGCCACAUCCACAUCGUCAGAGUCGGGGAGGUGCCAGAUUCGGACAUUUCAUACAAAACAAGAAAGGAGCUUCGGAGUCGAAGAGCCCUGAGUGAAACAUUCACAACUGAAGAUCUGUCCAGAUUGGCAGAACUAAACCCUCCAGCAGUAAUGCCCAAUGGGAAUGUGGGAACGCCGCUGAGGGUCUUCCUCGAAUUGAUCCAAACUUGUCGUCUACCUCCCCGUGUCAUCACCAAGCUCUGUUUGAAGUUCCCCAAGACAAGCUCUAAUAGGCGUUAUGGGAAUGUUCCUUUCCUGUACCAGAAUUCAACCUCAAGGCAGGUUGAAGGAAGGACUGAAACUGAAGCAGCAGAAGAGAACCAACAGCCAGAUUCAACUCCUCCCUUCCUGGAGCUGCAAGAGGCAGUGCAUGAGAAAUCUCCAAAGAGAAGUGAAGAGGAAGAGGAGUCCUGUUCUGAGGAUGAUGACGAUGAGUGUGAGGAAUGGGAGCGACACGAAGCAUUGUAUGAGGAUGUUACAACCCAGGAUCGGACAAAGGAGCGACUGUUUGAGGAAGAAAUUGAGCUAAAAUGGGAGAAAGGAGGUUCCGGCCUGGUAUUUUAUACAGAUGCACAGUUUUGGCAAGAGAAAACAGAUUUUGAUGAGGAGACGGCAGAUGACUGGGAUGUCGAUAUGAGUGUAUACUACAACAAAGGGCAACCGGGAAGGCAAGAUGGAGGUGAUAAAGAUUCCCAGGACUAUGUGCAGAUGAGGCUGGAACAACGGCUGAGGGAGGGUCUUGAGAACACAUCUGUGCAGUCCCCUCGUAUUGGAGGCUUUGAGCGAUACACCAAGGGAAUUGGCAGGAAAGUGAUGGAACGGCAGGGAUGGAGGGAUGGUCAAGGCCUCGGCUGUAGCAACUCUGGGUUGGCUGAUGCUCUGGACAAUGACGGGCAGCAUCCAAAGUGUAAGCGAGGAUUCGGAUAUCAUGGAGAAAAAAUUCAGAAUUUUCAGCCAGUGAAGAAACCAUAUCGACAGACCAGUCACCUGAUUUCAACUGUGUAUGACGAACCUGAGGAGAUAGACCAAGGUGACAGCUUGCUCCGGAGACAGCCAGUGACCAGCAUGAAGUACAGAGAGGACAUAAAGUUUGUUAAAGCCAAAGAACCUGGAAACUACGCACAGUAACUCAGCAGUGGCUUUCUACACCUACAAGUGGAGUCUAGUUUUGUGAAUAAUGAUACUAGAUUCUGUUUUUUUUUAAAAAACAGAUGUAGCAAGGAGCUAGUAAUCACUGCCUCACUCCACCGGAUAUCCAGCUUCAGUCCUGACCUCAGAUGCUGUCUGUGUGGAGAUUUGCACAUUGUUCCUGUGACCUUGUGGGUUUCCUCUCACAUCCAAAGAUGUGCAGAUUAGCAGGUCAAAGUAAUGGGUAAGUCCCUGGGGAUGGGGUUGGAGUUAAAGAGAAUGUGGGUAGAAUAAAAACUUAAUUUACUCAAAUGAAGGAUUUGAGUAAAAUGGGCAGUUGAUGGUUAAUGUGGAUACAGUGGACCUGUUUUCAUGCGGUAUCUGUCAAGAUCAGGAAGUACGGUUAGCAAAAAGAAAAAGGAAGUAAAGGUCUUUGUUUCAAGGUACCCUGUUUCCUAUUUGAGGGUUGAGUACAACACCAGAAUAGGGGCAUUUGAGAACAACUCAUGUUUAUUCAUUUCCAUAGAUGCUGCCUGACCUCCUGACAUCCUCCGGCAUUUUGUGUGUUGCUGUGGAUUUCCAACAUCUGCAGAAUCUCUUGUGUUUAUGGAGUUCAGGCUCAGCCUUUAACUCUGUUGCUCAUGCAACUGCAGUCUUUAAUGCAACCCUUUGCAUAAUAAGAAUUGUCAGACAGGCCUCCCCUAGUUGAAGUCUGGGACCCUCACCCCAAACCGGGGUGGUGUGGGGUGGGGGGGAAGAAGAAUCUGCAUUCCACGAGGAUGUACAGACUCUUUAUAGAAGAAGUCAUAAUUGACCUCCAAGCUCUAAUGCCCCGAGCUGUGACAGCAUCGCAUUGCUGAUGACUGGAUACCAUGCUCACACACGUUAUCCAGAGAUGUGGCAUUCCCCACCGCCUGCCUGUUAGUGAUGGAGUCAAAGCAGAAUGUCACUUCCAGUUGUACGCCUUCUAUUCACUUAAUUACUUGUUAUCUGUUCUUGCUUGCAACAUUGUGUUUGAGCAGGGGGCCAACAGCUUUCCCUGCCAAAGAUUUUACGAAAUAAUUUUCUGGUGGGUGAACCGCGCCACUUAGUGUGGACUGUAGUAGUAUGGAUUUGCACAAUAGUGGGUAAUGUGGCUUUUCAGUUUUAUCCCAAAGAAUGGAUCAAAUUCCUGAUGGUUCCUUUUGACUUAAUUUGCCCCCAGUCUGAACAAUUUGAUUUGAUUAAAUUACCAGUUUCUUGUAUAAUUAGACUGCAUAUACCAUGGAAAUGGCCACUUCCACAAUAUUAUAUCUACCAUACAUUCUGUACUAGUGCAUAAUUUCCUACAACUGCUGGAUCUCCAAUGUACCAUUCUUGCAGCUUCUGGUAAUAAGUUCUCAAUAUUUCUGUCCCAUUACUAAUACUUACAAGACGCUUUGCCUCCAAAACUAAUGUAUAUUAUGUUCUCCAGUGUUCUUGGGAAGGAAUCUGAAUCUACUUAUUGCACUAUAUAUACAGCGCAGAAUAGGUCCUCCCGGCCCUUUGAACCCACAAAUUUAACCUUAUCACACAAUUUAAAUUACAAAUUUACAAAUUACCUAUUACAAAUUGUAACCACAAUUUACAAUUACCUACCAACCAGUAAAUCUUGGGACUGUGGGAAGAAACUGGAACAGAGGAAACCCAUGCAGUAACAGGGAGUACAUACAAACUCCAUACAGGCAGUGUCGGGAAUUGAACCUGGGUGGCUUGUACUGUAAAGCAUUGUGCUAACCACUACGCUACCGUACUGCCCCAAUUCAAUUCGUCUUUCAUCUUACUGGAGGACUAAGGAUUAUUAAAUACCACAUCCCUUCUAAUCCCAAAAAGAUCCUUAAAAUGUGUCCCUAAUUCACCUUGCACCAGAAUGCAGGUUGUCACAUGUCUGCAGAUCCCAGACCACAGAUGUGGGUGAAGCUCUCCUUAACAUGUUUUUGCAACUUCCCCAAAACAAUCCAAUGAACGUGGACGCUUUUAGGAAAGCUUAUAGAAUUACAGUGAAUGAUUUGAGGUACAAUCAUAAUAUUUCAUAUCUUGAAGACACAAGAGACUACAUACGCUGGGAACUGGAGCAAUGAACAGUCUGCUGGAGGAACUCAGCGGGUCUCACAGUUACAUGGGGGUGGGUGGGAGGGAGGGAGGGAGGAGACAAUUCAACAAUUGUUUUGCACCAGGGGUGCUGCUCAAUCGGCUGAGUUCCUCCAGCAGAUGAACUGCCACUAAGUAUCUUAUUUACUUAAAAUGGAUCCUAUAUCAUCAUGAGGAGAGAUCCUAGAACUACAUGCACAUUCUUACUGUGAGAAUACUAUUGUACUUAGAGCCUUUUUCUAUGUAAAUAAGAACUUUAUAUAUUGAUAUUUUUAAUUGUAAAAAGAAUAUUUUGCAUACAAUUUUUUAAAAUGUUUUAUUUAAAUAAAUAUU